ACGGGGGUUGAAGGUGAUUAUAAUCUCCAUGUCCAACCUUUUUAUUUCUCAACAGGCUCAAGAACUUUCUCUUUCAUCCAAGCUUUAAUUUACUGUUUCAGAAACCCUCUUUCACUAACAGCUGAAAUGGUCAAUAGAUUCAUAAACUUUACUGCAGCUUCUCUAGUUAUUCUACUAUGUGGGUCAGCAGCAUUUGGAACCGAAAUCGAUUAUUCUCCUGUUAAAGCUCCUGUUGCCGGAAUUUGCAAGACACUGGUUGAAACUCAGGGUUAUGCUUGUGAAGAACACAUGGUUUCAGGUGAUAACAGAAGAUGGGUAUAUUCUAAGCUUGCAAAGGAUUCCGAUGGGCAGAUUAGGGAAAACCGAUGGGGAUCGCCCCCCUGUCCUGUUACAGCAUGGGCUGCUAAUGGAUGGUAUAACAUGGCUACUGAAUCCCCAAGACCAGGCUUUGGCAUUUGUUAUGGCUGACAAUGGUUUUGAUGUUUGGGUUGCAAGUACACGCGGAACUAAAUACAGUCGAGGCCAUACAUAUCUUAGUACUGAUAACCCUGCUUAUUGGGAUUGGUCGUGGGAUGAACUUGUUGCUUACGAUCUUCCAGCCACGGUUCAGUAUGUAAUGCGUCAAGCUGGGCAGAAGUUGUAUUAUGUUGGACAUUCACUGGGAACUUUGAUUGCCUUGGCUUCUUUCUCAAAAGGAAAUCUCAUCAACAUGGUUAGAUCAGCUGCCUUGCUUAGCCCGAUUGCUUAUUUGAGUCAGAUGUCUUCACCACUUGCAAUCAAUGCAGCUGAGAAUUUCAUUGCUGAGACCUUGUACAGUGUGGGUGUUCAUGAAUUUGAUCCAAGAGGGAAUGACGUGAUCGAACUCCUCAAAUCGCUCUGCCUGAACCCUGGCCUGGAUUGCUUUGAUUUGUUAACCACUUUCACAGGCCAGAAUUGCUGCCUGAACUCUUCAACAGUUCAACUUUUUCUCGAGCACGAGCCUCAGCCAACCUCUACGAAGAAUAUAAUCCAUCUGUCGCAAAUGAUAAGAGGAGGAGGAUACAUUGCAAUGUUCAACUACUCGAGUGAGGCUGAUAACAUGAAGCAUUAUGGGCAGAUGAAACCACCAUUGUAUGAGAUGGUGGGAAUAGCUGGAAAACUUCCACUUUUGAUAAGUUAUGGAGGAAAAGAUGCACUCUCAGAUAGCAUAGACGUGGGGAUGUUGAUUCAAAUGCUGCAAAAAGGCGGUCACAAGAUGGUGGUGCAAUUGAACGUGGAUUAUGGUCACGCCGAUUAUGUCAUGGGUGUGAACGCUAGACAAGAUGUCUAUGAUCCUCUCAUUUCUUUCUUUAGGUCGACUAGGAUCUAAUGAUUUUCCCAUUUUCUCAAUGAAUCUAUACAGCCUAGGUAAACUAUAAAAAAACACAAGCAUUUGAACUAAGUAAUUCUCUAG